GGUCUCACUGUACUUUGGAUUCCUGGGGCUGUGUUCUGUGGUAACCGGUGGCUGCAUUCUCUUUCUGCACUGGAGGAAGAACUUGCGACGAGAAGAGCGUGCCCAGGAGUGGGUGAAAGUGAUGAGAGCCGCCACGUUCACCUACAGCCCCCUGUUGUACUGGAUUAACAAGCGUCGGCAUUAUGGCAUGAACACAACUGUCAACACGGGCCCUCCCCCUGCUGUCACCAAGACCGAGACUGAGGUCCAGAAUUCAGAUCCUCUGUGGGAACUGGACGUCCCUGGGAGCAGGAGCUCUGUUGCCCAAGACAGCAGCCCCAAGGUGGAGGCCCCUGUCCCCCCGCAAACUGCACUGCAGCUGGUCCCCGGGCAGGCUUUACCUUCCCCAGUGUUGCAGUCCCGGACCAGCUCCCCACUCCUGGUGCCCAUCUUUCAGGAGGUGCCCUUUGCCCCUUCCCUGUGCAACCUGCCCCCAAUGCUGAACCACUCGGUCUCCUACCCUUUGGACACCUGUCCUGAAAGGAAUGUCCACUUCCAUUCCCUCCCCACGAUGGUCCAUGAAGACCACUGCUUCAGUGCCAAGGCUUUUGCCUCAGAAUUAUAACCACCUCUCACUGAGGGUGGGAGCUGGAAGUAUUACGGGCAGAGCAGGAAAAUGGACCGAACCUCGGGGAGGUGGUAUUGACACA